UGGAUUCGCUUCGUGACAGCAACCACGACCGACCACGCGAAGCACUCAUGAGACCUCAUAGAUACCCACCAAAACUUAUCGUAACAUAAACCGAAAUAUGCAAAAACACUCUCCGCAUCUAUCACUAUUGUGACCCUGAAAGCACUUUUUGCAUUACUAAACUUCAACCAUGAACCACGACGACGACGAUACGAAUAAGGUCAUAUACAUUCCUCAUCAGAGCAACGCUGAUGCACGCCUCACCACCGACCGCGCCGCCACAAAGUCUCCAUUCCGCCUCCUCCUCGUCGACAUCGCCAUUCUGUUCAAGAACCUACGAUAUCUGCCCUGGGUCCUCACACCCAUCCGAAGUCCAGACUCCAUCCCCGGCGUCCCCCCAACAUCAAAAUGGCAUAAAAUCCGCGACUACACCCUCGUCAGCAUCAUCUCACUCGUCGAAGUCAUCAUCAUCCCGCUCUCAUUCCUCGUCUUCCUCGCCCUCCCAGGCCUCGUCUUCUGCCUCUACAUCGCCCUCGUCUGCCUGCUCGUCUACCUCUUCGAGCACACCAUGUGGGGCCCGCUGGUCCUCCACAGCACCGUCCCCCUGCCCACCUCUCCCGCCUUCGUCGCAGAGCGCUGGCUGUACAUCAACGGCAUCGGCACCUCGUCGCGCGGCCUCCAGCUCACGCUCAACCGCCUCGCCGGCCGCUUCAAGCGGCCCGUCGUCGGCGUCCAUAACCGCAGCGCCGGCAUCCCCAUGGACGUGCUCGAGUGCAUCCUCCAGCGCUGUCUGGGCUAUAGCACUACCGACGUGCGCACCGCCCACGAGUAUCUCAAGCUCCAGCUGUGCAACGAUGCCGUGCGCAAGGUCGUCGUCGUCGCGCAUUCGCAGGGCGGCAUCAUCACUGCGCUGGCGCUCGAUCGCUUGUUUGUCGAGCUUGCUGCGCAUGAGAUUGCGAAGCUCGAGGUGUAUACUUUUGGCAGUGCGGCUAGUCACUUUAAUGAUCCGCACUUGAGUGUUGAGAGGGGUGCUGAGGUCGAUGGCGUCAUGGCAAUGAGACGUGUGCCGGGCGUACGGACGAUUGAGCAUUAUAUGAAUGAGUUUGAUUUGGUGCCGCGAUGGGGGGUCAAGUACAGUACGUCUGAGUCGCCGAAUCAGAGGUAUGCUGGGCGAGUGUUCAUCAACCGGAACGCGACCGGGCAUCUGUUCGAUGAGCAUUAUCUAGAUAUCAUGUUCCCGUUGCGCGAAGAUGGGGAGUUGGAGGCGGGUGGGUUCUUGGAUGAUAUUGUGGAGAUUGAGGAGAGGCCGUCGCGUGUGCCUACGCCGGAAGGAGACUUGGAAAGAUACGUGGAAGAUGGCGGGAUCAGAUGGGUGAUGAGUGCAGAUGAUGCGCCGAACGGGGGGAGAUCUGUGAGGGAACUGAGCAAACUAUGGAGGUAUGUCAACGGUGGAACGACAUGAAGAUAGACAGAGGCGGAGCUUUGAAUUAGACGGCUUUGUACACAUUGAACCUAGAAACCCUUGAUUGUGGGGUAUAUAUUCUUAGCACAGUGUCAAUACU